AUGAAUGUGUCCACCAUGUUCAUGAGCAAAGAGAUUAUCACUCAACCAUUGAUAAAUCUUCCUCCUAGAAGAAUAAACUCUAACCCGUUCUUCAAUCUCCCCAAGCUCGGAAAAGAGAAGGUGGUGAUCGUGAUCGGCGCUACUGGCACGGGUAAGUCUCGGUUGUCGAUCGACAUUGCUACCCGAUACUCGAUGGAAGUUAUAAACUCUGAUAAAAUGCAAGUUUACGAUGGGCUAGAUAUAGUAACAAAUAAGGUCACGAAGAGAGAACAACGUGGUGUACCGCAUCACUUGCUUGGAGUUAUUGAUCCCUUUUGUGACUUCUCGGCAACUGACUUCUCUGAUAUGACUAUGUUAUCUUUGGAUUCUAUUUGUAGCCGUGGUCGGCUCCCGAUUAUCGCUGGUGGCUCGAAUUCUUAUAUUGAAACCUUAGUUGACUCGAACUUUCAGUCGAGAUAUGAAUGUUGCUUUCUUUGGGUAGAUGUGUCAAUACCUGUAUUGCAAUCCUUUGUAUCUGAUAGGGUAGACAAAAUGGUAGCUAAGGGAAUGGUUGACGAGGCUGAAAAAUUCUUUGAUCCCGCUAGAGAUUAUUCUCGAGGGAUCAAAAGGGCAAUUGGGGUUCCCGAAUUCGACUCCUAUUUUCGAUACAAAUCGUUUUUAGACGAGGAAACUCGAGAGAAACUCUUACAAGAAUCCAUAUCAAAAGUGAAGGAGCACACGUGCAAGCUAGCAUUGAGGCAAUUGGGAAAGAUCCAACGACUGAUAAAUAUCAAGGAAUGGAACAUACACAGACUCGAUGCUACAGAAGCCUUUACAAAGCGAGGAAAAGAAGCAGAAGAAGCAUGGAACAAGCUCGUCACUGCACGAAGCACAACGAUUAUCGACCAAUUUCUUCAUCCGAAGAUCGUCACCGUCAAAACCCAGAAGAAUUUAGCAUCCCUCCCCGGCCCCGGCGUGCCACCGAAGAAAAGUGCAGCCAUUGCAGCUGCUACUCCUUGA